AUUAUUUACAGAUUAGGCAAUGUAGUUGGUAGUUUUAGUUAAAGCUUACAUUUUUCAGUAGUAAUGGAGUUUUAUUGUGUGCUAUUUUUUUUACCGAAAUAAGUGAAAAGAAAUAGGUAGCGAUGGAAACUAAUAUAAUUUUAAUGAGAGUGUGCAGGUAGCCUAGGCAGCAUGCCGAAACGAAUACCCUUCCACGUCGUAUAUGCCACAAGCGAGGACAGCUCCUAUCCAGCAUGCGAGCUAAACGCCCAAGGGCCAGCGGCACGUGGCUGGCGGAGUUCGGGCACACCGCCCCACGAACUUCUGCUGCGCCUGACUGCGGUCACGAACAUACACAAGCUACAGCUGCUCGCACACCAUCAGCUUAUACCUGCCUGCGUGGAAGUGUUGGUCUCGGGUGGACUGGUAUCAGAAGGAGCCGCAACUCCAUGUGGAGCCACGUACACCAGCGUUGGACGCGUCACCCUGGCAAAGCCCGCAUCCCAAGCGCGCACUAGAGAACUAAGAUCUGCAGCUCUCCCAGAACCAACUGUAGCGCGAUUCGUAAAGCUCAGACUAUCCGGGCCACAUCCACCAGCAAAAGAUGACGAUCAGGUUGCGUUAAUGGCAGUAAACGUCCUUGGUGAAGAAGUCGAGGAAGCGAGUAAAUCGAGUGCUACUACAAAAGCCGAAGUCUUCUUUUCUCCAUAUGACGAUUUGGCCUUUGUUAUGUAUGUGGAUAACGAAAUUGCUGAUCUGGUGCGAAAUUUAGAUCGAAAGAAAAAAGCUGCUGUGACAGAGGAGCGCUUCGAAUACGCCAGGCGGCUUAAGUCCGCAGGCUCUGCCUUAGCGGCUGCGGGCAUAAGAAUCGGCAGGUGGAGACUUCGCAAAAGAACAGCAGCAGCUAGAGACGACUUUGAGCUAGCCAGACGAAUGAGAGACAGAAUAACUGAUGCUCUUAUAGGUGUAAAAGAAGAUCCCGAGUUGCGAAGACUGUUUGAAGAGGAAGGACCUGAUCCGCGUAACGAUUCCUCGAUGCCGCAAGCAUACGACUUCUCUCAUCAUCUCUCACCAUCCGUCGCAGCUGGUACCCAAAGUAUUGAUAUACCUUCACCUGUUCCACCCAUAGAAAAUAUCCCGGAACCACAGGAAGAAUUUAAUGAAAUACAUGAUAUAAAUAGCCAUCAUAUACCUACGUCACCCGUCCAAACACUGGAAGAUGAAAUAGAAGUACAAGUACAACCGGCCGAACAAAUUGAACCCAUCCAAGAAUUGAAACCAGAAAUACAGAAGAAAGAGGAAGAAGAAUUAAGAAAAGAAACUGAUAGUCCACGUAGAAGUAUAACUCCUAAUGCUGCCAACGGUACCUUAGUAAGGCGUAGAAAUAAGAGUGCUGGUCCAAGAUCUACAUUCGAAGCCUAUGAAGAACGGCUCUUACCGGCUUUAAGGCAUUCUCAUACCAACGAGUAUUUACGAGAGGCUCGUGAAGAAGAGUGCAGUGGUGGAAGUGCUUCGUCUCAUCCCCGCGCCCCGCAUAAACUCAACGAAAGAGAGAGAAAACAAGCCGCUUUACCCAUACUUAUUUUCGGAUAUCCUUUAGUUGAAAAGUUUUUCUCCAAAAACUACUUGGACAAGGAAGAAGGACUUGCUCGUCUACGAGCGGAGCUGACUUCUCCAUCCAAUGGAAGUACGAAGACUUCUCCUAAUAAGACUGCAAGGGCAGCUGCUACGUUACUGCAGAGAGCUUUAAGGGAUAAAGUGUUCUCAGUUUAUAGUCAGGCUAACGAAGUCGUCAGGGUUUUGUUUAAGGAAUUUGUGCCUGACAGAGUAUGCGCUGCCGAAGUUGGUCGUUGUUUAGAAAAAUUGUUACCGGAAUUACUUCGGGCUUGCGGUGAUCCUGCUCCACGAAUCCAUUCAACCGCUCAACAUACCGUGCUUACAGUGGCCGACUGUCCAAUGGUGAGGAGCCUACACAUAAUACCACAACAACUGGUGCGUCCCGUCCCCGCCUCUAUGCAUCCACGUCUCGCUUUGUCUCGUCUUCAGAUGCUCGAACAACUCAUCCUGAGUCACGGUAUACUGACUGACAAGCACAGUGGCCUAACAGUCCGUCGAUUAGCUGAAUGCGGUGCGGCUGGUGCUCAGCACGCAGCAGGAUCUGUAAGAGCUGCAGCUGAGAGGAUUCUCCUGACUGCAUAUGCAAGGUCACCCAGAGUUGUCAGAGCACAAUUACCGCCAGACGAUGCUGUUACACGACGCAAUCUCAUCUAUAGGCACCUAUUCCAACAAUUCGAUAGAAUAGAUAUGCAGAAAAUGCUGAACCAGGCACCAACUGAAGAACAACUACUCAACGGUGGAGACCAAUCAACUCUGGAUUCAACUUUAGAAGCAAGCGUUACUCAAUCUACCCGAAGUGGCACAACAGUCAGUGGUAUGACCACAUCGCUUGGGAUGUCUUCUUCAAUGGACGCAACAUCCUCAUAUAGUUUAAAAUCGAGCGCAAGUGGAGCCACAUUAGCUCCUUCCAGUUUAAGUGGAAGCUUUACAACUUCAAGAACAAAAAGCAGCCUAAAGAAAUCGCCCACAAAAAAGUAUACGCCAACUCGAUCACCAAAAGACCCUACAGGCUAUCCUGGUUAUAAUAAAUUGAGAUUAGAUAGUGCUAUAAGCCCAAAACAUUCACCACGUUCUUCAGUUCUUGGGAAUGAAAAGGUGCACUUUGAAGAAAGUCAAACAGAUGAAGUAAUAUACCGUCGUACUAAUCGUAAUCCAGAAAACCGUCAUUCCAUGAUACAUUAUGAUCACGAUCCAUCUUAUCCUCAACUUAAAGAACGACCAGCCACAGUUUAUGAACCUUUGCACUUAGAAUACAGAGAUUCACCAACGAUAGGAUCUCCAAAAACCUCGAAAAAUGAUGUCCGAAGUAUGGACUCUCUACCAAUGGAUUCUCCACAAAUGUCCAAAAAUGAUUUAAGGUGUGAUUUAGAUAGCCGAAGUUUGGAUUCCCCUAAACUUAAGGCUGAUUAUUUUCGAGAUGUUGGCUUGGAAUCUCCAAAACUUGUAGCUGGGGUUAGGAAUUUGCAUUUAGAUGAACAUAGUCAAAUGGAUGAGAGCGGGUAUUAUAGUCCAGGUAGAAGACAGGUAUUAAAUAAUGAACAACAGUAUGAAACUUAUGAAGCGGUUGGAGCUGAUGCGAGCAGUGAAACUACUCCAGAACCUGUUUGCAACACAUCGUGCACGUGGUGCGGACGACGGGUGCGUGCAGCAGCCUUAGAGGCCCACUACUGGCGUCGCUGCGUGCUUCUUGCACGCUGCCCGCAUUGCCACUUUGCACUAGAAGCUCGAGCUCUUCAUGCACAUCUUUUGGAGGAAUGCUCGCUCAGCGAAGGCCUCUGGAAAGCGUGCCACAAAUGUGGAGCCGCCCUACGGACAGAUGAAAGCGAAUACCACGUCAAUUGUAUACCUCUCAGCCUCGAUGAAUGGAAGUGCCCAUACUGUCUUACCAACGUACUAGCAAGGGACCUUCCUUGGCAGAGACAUCUUAUGCAAUGUCCUCGCAACCCUCGACUGACGCAGCAAAACUAAUGGCUAGUAGACAAAACACCUAAGCUGAUCGGAAUCACUGCUUCUAUUUUAUAAUUACUUAUUACCCUGGACUGGCUGUCAAUAUACAACUGACAGCUGAAAUGUUGGCACCAUUUAAAGCGCCACAUUUGUUAAGUAAUUUAAACAUUUAGUUCCGUAUUGCAGCUUAACAACUUACAGCGC